UGGUGAGAAUAUAUAUAAUAGAAAUAGUUGUUUGUUUGUGAUGUUGAAAAGAAAAAAGGAGAAGUGAAUAACAGUGAAAAAUCCCUUUCGUCCUUUAGCUUCGCAUCUUAUCUGUGGUGUGGGUAUGUAUUUGUGAAGUGUUGUUGCUAAAGGCAGAGAGAGAGAGAGAGAGAGAGAGGAGCAGGUAGGAGCCAACACACCACACCAUGUUCUUCUGCAACCAACCCUAAAUAACUAAAAUAUCACAACCAUUCACCAUGUUCACCCACAACUAAGCUACAACUGUAAGUUAUUUCUCUCCUCUUUCAACUUCACCGACUUCACUUCAUUCUUUAUAUUUUCACUUCUCUUCUCAUCUCAUCCUCACCACUUUUCACUUUCAAUAUGACCAAUCACAAUCACUCUGUUCCAGAUUUCGAUAUUCAAAUGGACGACAACAACAACCCAUACCCCAUUCUCACGCCUUCGGGAUUACCUCGCCAAAGCAAACCCUCUAUUGCAGAGGACGAUGUCAUGGAGCUGCUAUGGCAUAACGGCCAGGUUGUGAUGCAGAGUCAGAAUCACCGUUCCCUUAGAAAACCCACGCCGCCGUCCAGAAACUCCCACGAUGCCUCCGCCGCCGGUCCUUCCGAAUCCAGGGAGAUUCGACCGCAGCUCGACAAUUUCAAUCAACAUCUCUUCAUGCAAGAAGGCGAAAUGGCUUCCUGGCUUCACUAUCCAAUCGACGACGACGACGACGUACCUCCGUUGGAUCAGGCUUUCUGCGCCGAUUUCCUCUACUCGCCGCCCACCGUUAACAACAGCACGGCCAUGCAAACUCUCGCCACGUCUCAGCUCACAGACCACCGCCCCAUGUCCGCACCGCCUCGACCUCCAAUUCCGCUGCCGAGACGGCUGGAACCGAAGACGCCGAACUUCGCGUACUUCGCCAGGCACAACACAAGAGCCGACGAGCAGAGCGUGAAGGUGGCCGCGAAGGAAUCCACAGUGGUGGAUUCGUGCGAGACGCCGGCCGCAACCGCAGCGGCGGUUUCGAGAGUUUCGGAAACUGUGAGGAACGCGGUGGAAGCGACGGAAGGAGGCGCCGGAGCUCCGGUGCCUUCGACGAGUGGCGGUGGCGGUAGGAGCACGAUGAUGUGCGACGUGACUAUGGCUUCGUCGCCGGGCGGCUCGAGUAGUAGCGGCGAGCCGGUUCAGGUGGCGCCGGCGGAAGAGCGGAAGCGGAAGGGUCGGGAGGCGGAGGGAUGGGAGUCUCAGAGCGAGGGUACGCAUGUAAAUGGAGGAGUAAAGGAUGUUGAUUUUGAAUCGGAAGCAAAGAAGCAAGUUCGAGGAUCAACAUCUACAAAGAGAUCACGUGCAGCGGAGGUGCAUAAUCUCUCUGAGAGGAGGCGUCGUGAUCGGAUUAAUGAAAAGAUGAGAGCUCUGCAAGAACUUAUACCUCGAUGUAAUAAGUCGGACAAAGCUUCAAUGUUGGAUGAAGCAAUUUCGUACUUGAAAUCAUUGCAGUUACAAGUGCAGAUGAUGUCGAUGGGAUGUGGCAUGGUACCUAUGAUGUUUCCUGGAAUUCAGCAGUACAUGCCAGCAAUGGGAAUGGGGGUUGGAAUGGGAAUGGGAAUGGAAAUGGGAAUGAACAGACCUGUGAUGCCGUUUCCCAAUAUGUUACCUGGUUCUGCUUUGCCGGCAGCAACAGCAGCUGCUCAUUUGGGACCAAGGUUUCCGAUGCCUCCUUUCCACAUGCCGCGUGUUCCUGCUCCUGAUUCUUCCAGAAUGCAACCAGAAAAUCAGUCAGAUAAUAAUAAUAAUAUGGUUGCACCUGCUCCACCUCAUCCAAACCAGUCACGUCUCCCAAACUUCACGGAUCCUUAUCAACAAUAUCUUGGUCCCCACCAGAUGCAGUUUCAAGUAAUUCAGAAUCAGGCAAUGAACCAACCAAAUGUUGGGAAGCCCAGUACCAGUAGGGAUAAUCCAGAAAAUCGUUAGUCAGGUGAAUUCCUUUAGCUUAGUAUUCUACAAGUCUUAUUAACACUUUUUGUAAAAGCAUGGUUUGUCCGGGGCAUGCUAAUUUCUUGAUAUACAAUGCAAACAUGGUUACUUCUAAAUAUUUCAAUGUUUUUAUGACAUUCAGGAGAAAAAAAAAAGAUUAUUGUAGUUCCAAUGAAGGGGAUGAUUAUUCAAAUGGUGCAGCAUAUAAUUAGUUGUAUAGCUUUUUCCACUAGCACUCUCACAUUGGUAGUGUGAAUUGAAAGUCCUGAAUAUAUUGCACAAAACAGGGACAACCAUAAUUAACAAUCGACUGUGUGCAUUGCAGGUUAGAUUUUCCGACACCUAAAUUAGAGGUGCAAAGUUUUGUAGUUUCAAGAGAACGAACUUUUUAGCUGUUCUCAGUAGCAAGCUAAUCUAUUCUAUACACAGCUAACAUGUAAAUUAUUGCGACCAAGUUUUCCCUCUCUUUUUUAUCCUGUUUUUCAUUUUUCGAGAGUCUUUGAUAUGAGACGAGGAACUGGAAGGUGCGUUGUAGCACACAUUACACCUUGUAAGUUUAGUCUUAUUUCUGUUUCAGAUUCCUCAUGUACUACCAUUUUUCUCCUGUUAGGCGUUACAGGAGCAUGUGAACUUCGUUACUAUUAUUCUGAAAGUGAAAUUGAAUCACUUAUCUA